AGUGGGGCGGUCCUUACCUCCGUGGAGCCAGUUGCUUUUCUGGAGCUUGUGCAGCUUUUUUAAACGCUGAUUUGGUGCUUUCGGCGCAUAUUUUAUUAACGUACGUCAUAACUGGAUUACACACACACAGGAGGAACCGUAGAUUCUAAUUUUUUUCCUUUCUCUAUGGACUUAAAAUAAAAAUAAUUUUGUUUCUAUUUGGAUUUAUUUUCUAAAGAUUACCAACAUAAACCCAUAUCAGAUACAAAACCAAUCUGAGGUAGUUAAACCAUGAGUUGUGGAAAUGAGUUUGUAGAAACAUUAAAAAAAAUUGGUUAUCCCAAAGCUGAUAUUCUUAAUGGAGAAGAUUUUGACUGGUUGUUUGAGACUGUUGAAGAUGAAUCAUUUCUGAAGUGGUUUUGUGGAAAUGUGAAUGAACAGAAUGUAUUGUCCAGAAAAGAAUUGGAAGCUUUUAACAUUCUUCAAAAAUCAGGCAAGCCCAUUCUAGAAGGGGCAGCACUAGAUGAAGUUCUUAAAACCUGUAAAACUUCUGAUUUGAAGACAUCUAGACCGGAUAGCAAAGAACUGGAGAAAUUAGAAGAUGAGGUUCAAACUCUGCAGAAAUUGAAGAACUUAAAAAUACAGCGACGUAAUAAAUGCCAGCUGAUGGCUUCAGUAGCUAGCCACAAAUCUUUGAGGUUAAAUGCUCUGGAAGAAGAAGCCACUCGGAAGCUGAAGCAGAGUCAAGGAAUUCUAAAUGCUGUGAAUACUAAGAUCAAUAGUGAACUUCAGGCCAUUAUUGAUGUAGUUACAAAAUUGAUGAUGUUCUUUAGACAUUCUAAUUUAGGUCAAGGAACAAAUCCACUGGUGUUUUUAUCUCAUUUUUCCCUGGAAAAGUAUCUAAACCAGGAAGAGCAAAGCACAGCAGCGUUAACCUUAUAUACCAAAAAACAGUUCUUUCAAGGUAUACAUGAAGUAGUUGAAAGUUCAAAUGAAGAAAAUUUUCAACUUUUGCAUAUACAAACACCAUCUAUUUGUGAUAAUCAAGAAAUCCUUGAAGAGAGACGACUAGAGAUGGCUAAGCUACAGCUAGCAUACAUUUGUGCGCAACAUCAGUUAAUUCACUUGAAAACAAGUAAUUCAAGCAUGAAGUCAAGUAUAAAAUGGGCCGAGGAGAAUCUUCAUAGCCUAACUUGCAAGGCUGUUAGCAAAGAAAAUUUGGAUGCCAAAAUUUCUGGCUUGAACAAUGAGAUUCUGAAACUUGAAGAACAAAUCGCUCACAUGAAGCACAGAAGUUUGCCUGCUAUAAUAAAAGAGAAUGCCCAGUUACUGAAUAUGCCAGUUGUAAAGGGAGAUUUUGAUCUGCAGAUUGCUAAACAAGAUUAUUAUACAGCAAGACAAGAGUUAGUUUUAAAUCAGUUGAUAAAGCAAAAGGCGUCAUUUGAACUUCUGCAGUUAUCAUAUGAAAUCGAAUUGAGAAAGCAUUGGGACAUAUAUCGUCAACUUGAAAAUUUGGUUCAGGAACUUAGUCAAAGUAACAUAGUGCUCCUCCAGCGAUUAGAAAUGUUAACAGAUCCAUCAGUCUCUCAGCAGAUAAAUCUAAGGAAUACUAUUGAUACUAAGGAUCAUUCUACUCAUAGGCUUUAUCAACUUUUAGAGGGAGAAAAUAAGAAAAAAGAAUUGUUUAUAACACAUGGAAACCUGGAGGAAGUGACUGAGAAAUUGAAAAGGGAUGUUUCUUUAGUGCAAGAGCAGUUGGCAAUAUCUACUCAAGAGCAUUCUUUCUUUCUGUCCAAACUGAAUAAUGAUGUAGAUAUGCUUUGUGAUGCUUUGUAUCAAGGAGGAAAUCAGCUUUUGCUUAGUGAUCAGGAGUUAAUGGAGCAGUUUCAUCAUGUUGAAUCUCAAUUGAAUAAGCUCAAUCAUCUCCUUACUGAUAUUCUUGCUAAUGUGAAGACAAAAAGAAAAAUUUUGGCAAAUAGUAAAUUUCAUCAAAUGGAGAGAGAAUUAUAUGUAUAUUUUUUAAAAGAUGAAGCUUAUCUGAAAGAUAUUGUGGAGAAUUUAGAAAACCAAUCAAAGAUUAAGACUGUUGCCAUUGAAGAUUGAAAAUGAUUAAAAACGGAAUCUUUUCUAUACAUGCUGUUUUUUAAUGUUUUAUGUAUUACUAGAAGGAAUACACAUCUAAUAAACACUAAAC